AUGGCGCCCGUGGAGUGCGAGAGCGACGACGACGCGGGCGACGGCGAGGACGCGCGCGCGAUGACGUCGGCAUCGGUGAGGGACGGGACGGGGCGUCCGACGGCGACGUCGACGAUCGCCCUGGCGCGCGCGGGGGGGCGCGCGCGGACGGACGCGGACGACGACGACGACGACGACGACGACGACGACGACGAGGGCGACGCGACGCGGGCGGGACCGGAUCUCGCCAGCGCGCUCGCGCGAGGGGUGCGAGGCGAUAAGACGGCGGCGGCGCAGAGACGCGGGACGUUCGUCGGGGAUCAGAACGCGCAGAGACGGCUGCAGGAGACUUUAGAUUUGGUCGCGCAAGCGUUCUUGGAGUGUAAGAGAGCGGACCAGGGAUCGAUGGACGUCAUCGAUGGGGCGGUUUCGAGCGUGCAGUACGCACACGACGUGAUGCCCUCGUAUCUUCGAAUGGAAGAAGAGUCGACGUUUGAUAAGUUGGCUCGGCACACGAAGAACUUGGCGCGCCGAGUGGGUGAGCACGAGACGCUGGCAAAGAAUUUCUCGGAUGGUGUCGUCUUGGGGAUCGAGAAGGCGGUCGCGGCGUUCGAUAGCGAGAUGCCCGAGGCGAUGUCGAAUCGGGACGGCGUGAACGCGGUAACGUCGCUCCGAGCGUUGAAGGAGAACCUGGAUCGCGCGCGCGGGAAGCUCAGAGUCGGCGGGUCCACCGCGGACGACAAGGCGAUUCACUGUAAGAAUCUCGCCGAGGUGCUGAUGCAGAUCUCGACGCAGGACACUAAGGUGACUAUGCACUCGCAAUACAUCGGUCAUCCGAUGUUAGAUUUAGAUUCUUUGGCCAACGACGAGCUGACAACGAUGUCGCACGACGUGAAGACUACGGACGCCGAGUACCUGUGGCGCGUGCUUCGAGCUCUUUCAGACGCACUGUUUCAAAAGGCAUCGAUCGACGUGUUCAUUAAGAAGGCGCUUCCAACUUCUCUGCAGCGGGCGUGUCGAGACGCAUACGACGCCCGGUUAAAAGUGGAGGGCGCGCUUAAUAACUUGCUCAGGCGAGCGCAGAUGAUUCCAUUCCUUGUCAUCGAGGCGUACGCCUCGAUGGAUGUUGACAAGAUUGAUAUAAUCAGAGAUAUUCUCAGUGUUCCAGUGGACAAGGCUUUGCCGACAAGCUUCAAGUUCCUGGAGAUCCACGGAUACGUGUACGCGGCCGCGCGCCAGGACGUGCAAUUCGUUCAACCCGCCACGGAGAAGCAAGUGAUUCGACUUCUCACCGAGCAGGUUCCGUUCGGGCAAGGCAUCACGGAGAAAGAAGCCGCCACAAUCAUCAAAGGAAUAGAGAAAUACUCGAAGAAACGACCAUCAGGCUCGGCAACGGCGCCGACGAAGACGUCUCCGUCGACUCCAGAUGCGACGUCGGUCUUUGAUCGUCUCGCUCCGAGGGACGAUGAAUCGAGGUCAACGCCUAAAUGCAAGCCGCCACUGCCGACAGCGAUAUCCAAAGCAGAGAAAAAAGAGGCUAAUAAAGCAUCAUUCGCGUAUUCGAAGUUUUGCACGCUGUGUAAACACGAAAUCAAGGGCGCUUCAGAGGCGAUGUUGAAGAACAAUUUCAAGCAACACUUGUCUUCGAACAUGCACAAAGCUGCAUCGCACGCCAAGAAGGAAGCGAAGAAAGCGCCAAAGGUCCCACUCGACCCCUUUGGAUGUCUCGCACCAGAGGACAGAGCCUUCGCCGUGAUGAUGAACGUUCCUCCGCCGCCGACGACGACGACAAACACUGUGAACGUUCCUCCUCCGCCGCCGGCGCCCGGGAGAGUGGACAGUAGCGACGCUAAACCGUGUAUGCGCUCACCGCCUCUCGGGCUAUCCCAAUCCGGAAUCGACCGCGCUCGAGGCGAGAAAAUGUUUGAAGGUGGUGAGAUUGUGCAACCGGUGACGGGCGCCAGGCAGCUGACGCAAGCCGAUGUCGCCGACGCGGAAUGUCAGCACGAUUACGUCGUCAAGCAUCUAGCGCAGAUCGAAACGGCGCAGAAAAACGGUAAACGAUUAUGCGUAGAUCAAUACAACGACAAACCGAGGAAACAGUCACGCGGACCGGUAUAUUGUAAGCACUGGGCCACUGGCAAGUGCUGGAACGGAGACGCGUGCAGGUAUCGUCACGGAUAUCCCCCUCCAGACUCCCCAUGCGAUAGUUUCUCCGGAUGA